GUAAUCAUUCCAUUCUAGAAUCGUUCGCUUUCACUGUAUACUUAAUUUAAUUUGGAUUCACUCUGUUUUUUUCUUUUUCUUGUGAUUCGUGGUUUACAAAGGCGUGAAGUAAGGAAAAGGGAAUAGUGAGUGAGUGAGUGAUUUUGCUUUAAGAAGAGAGAAGAAUGGAAGGAGGAAGAAGGAAGAGGAAAAUGGAGGGGGAGGAAGAGAGUGAGGAGGAGCAGAUGGAGAAGUUCUUUGCACUGAUUAAGAGCACCAAAGAUGCACGGCUUCGGUUGUUUAAAGAGAAGGAAGAAGAAAAGGCAAAGGGUGUUUGGAAACCGAGUUUUGAAGCAGAAGAUUUCAUGGAUGAUCAAGAGUUGUUCAAGAUUAAGUAUAAAGAUGCACCAGGUCAUUCUGGGAAAGAGACAGAGCAAGACCCUCUGCACAAAGAAUCAGCAGAAGCAACACCAACCACAGAGCAAAAUGGAAAUAACAACAAACCAACCCAUGAUUUGGACUUAACUCUUUCUUUAUAAUGGAUUGCCUUGCUUCUCAUUAAUUUCAAGGCUACCCAAUUGCUUUCUUCCUUCGGUUUUCCCUGUAUUUCUGAAAUCAAGAUAUAUAUUUUAUAGUUUUAAUUUUCUUAUC